AUGAGAGUUUUUAAGCUGGUGCUGUCCCUUGUGACGCUUUUCAGUUCAGUGUCGUUUGGUCUUGAUCUAGAUGUUAAUGAUUUGAAUUCAUUGAAAAAUGCUACAUCUCUUGUUGCAUAUGGUCUGAUGGACUAUUAUACUGGUCUACAGUAUGGUAAAACUAUUGGUAUGUUUGCUAGUCCCAGUUAUUGGUGGCAAGCCGGUGGUGCUUGGGGUUCCAUCCUAGAUUACUGGUUUUAUAUGGAAAAUGAUACUUAUAACGAUAUACUUACCCAAGCUUUAUUGUAUCAAACCGGUGAUAACCACGACUAUAUGCCUUUGAAUCAAACAGUUACUGAAGGUAACGAUGAUCAAGCCUUUUGGGGUUUCGCUGUUAUGGCAGCUGCUGAAAGAAACUACCCAAACCCUCCUGACGAUGAACCACAAUGGUUAUAUUUAGCACAAGCUGUGUUUAACACGAUGUCAUCUCGUUGGGAUAUGGAUUCGUGUGGUGGUGGUCUUAGAUGGCAAAUUUUCACCUGGAACUCCGGUUACGAUUACAAGAACUCUGUCUCUAACGCGGCUUUGUUCCAUUUGUCUGCAAGAUUGGCCCGUUAUACCGGGAACAGUUCUUACACAGAAUGGGCAGAAAAAAUCUACGAUUGGAUGCAAGAUAUCCAAUUGUUAGUUGAUGAGGAGCCAACCCAAUAUUAUGUCUAUGACGGUGCCUCGAUCGAGGAAAAUUGUACUGACACUGUGAAAUAUCAGUGGACAUACAAUCAAGGGCUAAUGUUAUCCGGUAGCGCUUACUUGUACAAUUUCACAGAAUCAGAGACCUGGCAUGAAAGAACAAAGAAUUUCUUAAACUCUUCCGGUAUCUUCUUUAAUAAUAGUAUCAUGUAUGAAGCCGCUUGUCAAGGUUCAGGUUAUUGUAACAAUGAUCAACGUUCUUUCAAGGCAUAUUUCUCUAGAUUUUUAGGUUUGACAGCGCAGUUAGUCCCAGAGACGAGAGAUACUGUUUUAGCAUUGCUACAAGCAUCGGCUCAAGGUGCUGCUGAUUCAUGUUCAGGUGGUACUGAUGGCCAUACUUGUGGUUUGAACUGGUUCUACGGUGGAUGGGACGGUAAAUAUGGUUUAGGUGAACAAAUGGCUGCAUUAGAAGUUAUGCAAAACCUAAGAUGUUUGGACAGGCCUGCUCCAUACACAGCUGACGACGGUGGUACUUCGGCUGGUAACCCAGCUGCAGGUACCGAACAAUCUCCAACUAAUUUGGCACCCUUAACAAUCGGUAAAGGUGACCAAGCCGGUGCUGGUAUCAUCACCGCUGUAAUUGGUAUAACAAUUAUUGGGUCAGUUGUUUGGCUCAUAAUUUAG